AUGACGACGAGCCAACGAGUUGUUUCCAAGAGCCUGGUGAUUGCCUUGGCAAUCUGUUGGUAUGCGGCUCCAGGAUUCGCUUGGUCGUCCUUUAUGGGACCGGCCUUGGCCAGACCCAAGCGAUCGGUCCAAUAUGGGUAUCAUCAGGAACGGACCAUGGUGAUGAAAUCCGACGAUACCAAAAGUGAUUCCGACGACUCUUCGGGUUCCGGAUUUUCAUUAGCCAAUAUAUUCGGUGGAAAAGGAGGAGACUCGGCGGCGGCGACAGCGACGGCACCCUCCCUUCGAGGACGCAACAAGGCGUUGGAACCUCACCCCAGUGUGAGACCUCACAUCUCCCCCUUGAACCGAUUGGGACCCGACUUUAACAACUCACAUCCGGAAGUUGGAGAACAAGAUCCACUACCCAUGCACGCCGAUGUCAAGAGUGGUACAUUGCCAAAUGGAUUUUCAUAUGUCAUCUUACCCAACAAGAGCCCUCCCGGACGAUUCGAGGCACAUUUGCAAGUCUUUUCAGGAUCGGCCGACGAAUUGGAACCCCAGCAAGGAAUUGCUCACUUGACAGAACAUGUCGCAUACAUGGGAUCGCGAAAGAGGGAACGGCUGUUUGGAACGGGAUCACAAACUAACGCUUACACCGACUUUCAUCACACUGUCUUUUACGCAGCAUGCCCAGUUAAAACACCUCGGGGAGGAACACCCAUGCUACCCAUGGCAUUGGACGCACUACUAGAUGUCAUGGAAGCACGGGUCGAACCCUCGCGUCUCGAAAAGGAACGCGCUGCGGUAUUGUCCGAAAUGACAAUGGUCAACACCAUUGAAUAUCGAGUCGAAUGCCAAAUCUUGUCCACAUUGCACCGCGAAAAUCGAUUGGCAAAACGAUUCCCCAUUGGAAAGGAAACUCUCAUUCGAAAUUGGAAGACGGACGAUGUGCGAACAUGGCACCGAACCCACUAUCGACCCGACAAUGUUCUCUUGUAUCUGGUGGGAGACGUUAGCACAGAAGAAGCCGAAGCUAUCAUUGCGGAAAAGUUUGGAUCCAUCACUGCCGAAAAACAAGCGGCCGAAAUGAAAAUCCCAGAAAUCAAGGAAGAAGCCGGAAGUCUGGCCGAUGCCGUCGUCAAAUCCACCGUCAAGGCUGGUCAGAGUUGGCACUAUCCACCUGUCAGACAUGAUUGGUGUAUCCCAACUGGUCUCGAAGUGGACGAGAAACUCCUAAAACCCAUUGAAAUUGUGGAUUAUGACAUUCAUCUUCAGGAUCCCUAUCCUUUAGACGAAAAGGUUGACUUUUUGGAGACCAAGGAGGUGCAGGACAAGAAAAUGAUUCGGCCACACAUCUUUCGACACGAAUUGUUGCAGGCAUUUUCUCUGCACUUGUUUGCCAAGCGACCAGUCGAACCGGUUGUGGAUCUGAAAUCCUUCCGACGCAGCUUGGCCCGACGAGUCGCUUUGGCAGCCUUGCAGAUUCGACUCAACGUAGGAGGUCGAAGCGACGACCCUGCUUUUACCUUUGUGGAAUUCAAUCAGCUCGAUUCAGCACGCGAAGGUUGUGCUGUUUGCAGUUUGGACAUGACCGCGGAGCCAACUCGCUGGAAGGAUGCCAUUUGCAAGUCUCUGGCUGAAAUCCGCAAAUUGGGUUUGUACGGAGUCACACAAGGAGAAAUGGAACGAUACGCAUCCUCUUUGAUGACUGAUGCCGAACAGCUGGCCGCACAAGGAGACAGAAUUAGUCACGGUGACCAGCUUGCCUACUUGAUGGAAACUGUUGCCAACGGACACACUUUCAUGGCCCCUAUGCAAUCCUACCAUGUCACUGCCCAAGCUCUCUCGACUCUGACUGUUGAAGAAGUCAACCUGGCAGCGGCGGAGUUGUGCUCUCACAUUUCAAGCUUCCACAAGAGCGCAGAUCCUGUAGAGGGGCCUGUUAUUGUAGUUGCUUGCACACCAAAGGGUGCGGAACCUGGAGAUGUUGCAUACUGUGAUGAAGAUAGCUUGGUGCAAACCAUCUAUGACGCGUGUCAAGCUGAAGUGGAGCCAGAAGAGGAGAUUGUUGUACCGCACUCUCUAGUGCCCGAGGAGAAAAUUGUGGAAGCCAUGGAAACCAAUAAACCAGAAUGGAUGGGAGGUAGCUUCACUGAUGGUACACCUGACACAGCACCAAACUCACUGACUCGCCCUUUUACACUCCGACGAUUGGGCAACGGCAUUCGAAUUGGUGUGGCUCAAAAUCAAGCCGAAUCGCAACGAGGCCAUCUGCGCCUUGUUGCACCGGGUGGGCGUGACGCGGAAAAGAGACUGGGCUUCAAGAAAGGAUCCAUGGCGGUCGGGGCUCGAACCAUGCAAGAGGGGGGUGCAUUUGGACCCUGGACACGAGAACAGGUGGAAUUGUUUUGCGUUGAUCAUUUACUGAUGGUGGAAAUCAACUGCAGCGAAGAAUCUUUGACCGUAGACUUUGUGUUCCCUACGACAAAUGUCGGCAACGUUGGUUUUGGAGACGAUAUCAAGCUCGGUAUCACGGGUACCGAGUCAGUUAUGCAGAUUGUACGUGAGAUUUUGAUUGGCUUCAAAUGGGAAGAGGAUGCCCUGGGACGCAGCAAACAAAGCUUCCGAAGUGCCCAUGAGAGUCUUCUCAAGAACUUGGAAGGUCUGAGCACGGAACGUAUCAUGGAAGAGAUGACAACGAACGAUGACAGAUUCCUGUCGAUUGAUGUUGACGCCGUGAACUCGGUAACCCUUGAUGAAGCAAAGGACUCUGUCAUGUCGCAGCUGCAACCAUCCAAUCUAGAAAUCUCAGUUUCUGGUGACUUUGACGUCGUUGAGGUUUUGGAGCUCAUCUACAAGUACAUUGGUACCAUUCCGAGCGAUGCCAAUUCGGAGUUCAAGAAGGAGUCUACUGACAGCCCUGUCACCAUCGGCAGUGUCCCUGCUCUCGCUGAACCCGGCCGUCAUGUGGAGUUGGAGCUUCCAGAUUCUGACCCACGUGCCGUCGCAUACGUUGCCGGAUCAGCGCCAAACGCUUGGGGAUAUCUCGCAGACGGUACAACGGUGGCAGAAAGGGUUUUGGAAGCUGAUAAGAAGGCCUCUGAGUACGACAAAAGGAGAAGGUCACACCCAUUGUUUGCUCAUGUAGCCCUGUCACUUCUCUCGGAGAUUGCGAAUCGUCGACUCUUCAGUACAGUUCGAGAACGCAAACAAUUAACAUACGACGCGAACUUCUCCUUUACCGGUUUCGAACGUUUGCUGGGAGGUUGGUUCCUUGUCACUGUGACUGCAUCGAAGGAGAAGGCGCAACAGGCGCUCGAUGCAUGCAAGGAAACUCUAGCAGCGCUUCGCAAGUCCAAUCCCAUCACAGCGGACAAUGUUGAAUCGGCAAAGCGCGUUGUUCUGAACCGUCAUGAAGGAGAGCUUCGCACUACCGCCUACUGGACUCAGUUAAUGUCUGGUAUUCAGGAGGAGUCCGUGCCCCUGAAGGGCCCCCUCGCCGUCACCGAUUUCCAUGCCGUUGUUGAAUCCAUCACCCCUCGUGACUUGCAGCUCGCCCUUGAAACACUUGGUUUGAACGAUGAUGAACUCUACACUGCCAUUGGGCGGACCGUCAAGCCUGAAGGCACCGAGGUGGAAGAUGAGGAUGAGCAAUUGGUACGACAAGCACCCGUGAUAGGGAUGCGUCGAGGUGGCGCAUUGACCGGAUAA